UCUGAGAGUGCCUUGAAGAGGGAUCAGGGAGCAAACCUAAAGAGGCACCUGGCUCAAGGGCAGACAAGGAGUGAGGCCUCCCCUCCCAAAGCUCACAGCCAUGUCAAGAAGUUGACCAUUCAAGCCGGAGCCCUCAGCACGCACCCAAGGAGCUCUGUUGACUUGUCCUACCCCAAACUCUUUGUCUCGGUUCUGGACUCCAGCAGCCUUGAAGACGCGACUAACAAUUUCUCUUUCCAGGAGUACCAACAGGACUCCUGCACUACCAAGGAUGCUCCUGAAUCUUCUGACCAGGACUCGGAUUCCGUCUCAGAGUGGCAGCGGAAACUGGAAGCGGCCGAGGCUCUGCUGAUUCUGAGAGACUCUCCCCAGGCAUCUUCUGGCUCCAGCUCCGUGCUCCAUCCCUGUGUGGCGACAGAUCCUGCUGAAGAUAGAGGACCCCAGCCUCCUAACCCCUCUCUGCGACCCAGGCCAGCUAGGUCCAUUUCUCUGCCUAUUGGGCAUCUGGGGUGCAUCUCCCUCUUGAACUAG